AUGGUUACCAAAGCAGGCCUGGGAACCUUAACAGAAGCCAGGGUGCAGGAAACUGAAGCCAACAGUGAUGCAGAUUUCUCUGAGAUCCAGAGUCUUCAGUCAUCCCACAAGAAAGUCCAGGAUGUUGAAUUUAACAAAGCUCUCUCAGAAAAGAUCGCAAUCACAAGGGAAAAUGCAGUGCAUUCUGAAACCAGACAUAACUGCAAGGAAAGUGAUGAUGGAUUUCUUAAAAAAAACAAACUAGAAAAGCAUCUACAAACUCCCAUGGAAAUGGCAUGCAGUCAGCUUAAUCACAGCAACAGUGUAACAUUCAAUAUUAAUGAUUUAACUGAUCAAUUAAGUCACAGUGGGAAAAGACAAAAUAAUACAGUGGCAUUACAUGAUCAGAUGUGCAAUAAAGAGAGGCUCUACAAAUGUGUCACAUACGGCAAGAGUUUUACAGAUAGAAAGACUAUAACAGUACAUAUGAUAAUUCAUACUGGUCAGAAGCCCUACAAAUGCACCACGUGUGACAAGAGUUUUACAAAGAGAAGUAAUAUGAUAUCUCAUCAAAGGACUCACAGUGGACAGAAGCCCUACAAAUGCAGUGUGUGUGAGAAGAAGUUUACACAUAGGAGUAAUAUGAUAUCUCAUCAAAGUUCCCACAGUGGACAGAAGCCAUACCAAUGCAGUCUGUGUGAUAAGAGGUUUGCAUGGAAAAGGACUAUGGUACUUCAUCAGCAUAUCCACACAGGGCAAAAACCCUAUAAAUGCACCAUGUGUGACAAGAGGUUUGCAUGGAAAAGGACUAUGGUACUUCAUCAGUAUAUCCACAUGGGACACAAACCCUACAAAUGCACCAUGUGUGAUAAGAGUUUUGUACAGAGGAGUAUUAUGAUAUGUCAUCAAAGGACCCACAGUGGACAGAAGCCGUACAAAUGCAGUUUAUGUGACAAGAGGUUUACACAUAGGAGUAAUAUGAUAUCUCAUCAAAGUACUCACAGUGGACAGAAGCCCUACCAAUGCAGUGUGUGUGACAGGAUGUUUACAAGAAAAAGGACUAUGGUACUUCAUCAGCAUAUCCACACAGGACACAAACCCUAUAAAUGCACCAUGUGUGACAAGAGUUUUGCACAGAAGAAUCAGAUGGUAAUUCAUCAGAGCACCCACACAGGACAGAAAAACUACAAAUGUGCUACAUGUGGUAAGGGUUUUACAAAGAAGAGUAGUAUGUAUAGGCAUCAGAAUAUACACAGUGGGCAGAAACCCUAUAAGUGCACCAUGUGUGGCAAGAAGUUUACUAGGAAGGGUAGCAUGGUAAAACACCAACAUACACAUACUGGAGAGAAGCCCUAUAAAUGUACCACAUGUGACAAGAGUUUUGCACAGAAGAAUCAGAUGAUAAGUCAUCAGAGUACCCACACAGUACAGAAAAACUAUAAAUGUGCCACAUGUGGAAAGAGUUUUAGGCAGAAGGGCAAUAUGUAUAGCCAUCAAAAUACACACACGGGGCAGAAACCCUAUAAGUGCACCAUGUGUGACAAGGCUUUUACACGGAAGGAUCACAUGGUAAAACACCAACAUAUACACACUGGCAAGAAGCCCUAUAAAUGUACCACAUGUGACAAGAGUUUUGUACAGAAGAGUCAGAUGGUAAGUCAUCAGAGUACCCACACAGGACAGAAAAACUACAAAUGUGCCAUGUGUGGUAUGAGUUUUAUGCACAAGAGUAAUAUGUAUAGGCAUCAGAAUGCACACAAGGGGCAGAAGCCCUAUAAAUGUGCCAUGUGUGACAAGUGUUUUGCACAGAAGAGUCAGAUGGUAAGUCAUCAGAGUACCCACACUGGGCAGAAAAACUACAAAUGUACCACAUGCGGUAUGAGUUUUAGGUACAAGAGUAAUAUGCAUAGGCAUCAGAAUACACACAAGGGUCAAAAACCCUAUAAGUGCACCAUGUGUGACACAACUUUUACACGGAAGGAUCACAUGGUAAAACACCAACAUAUACACACUGGAGAAAAACCCCAUAAAUGUACCAUGUGUGACAAGAGUUUUGUACAGAAGAAUCAUAUGGUAAGUCAUCAGAGUACCCACACAGGACAGAAAAACUACAAAUGUGCCACAUGUGGUAAGGGUUUUAGGUACAAGAGUAAUAUGCAUAGGCAUCAGAAUAUACACACUGGGCAGAAGCCCUAUAAAUGCACCAUGUGUGACAAGAAUUUUGCACAGAAGAGUCAGAUGGUACGUCAUCAGAGGACCCACACUGGACAGAAAAACUACAAAUGUGCCACAUGUGGUAAGAGUUUUAGGCACAAGAGUAAUAUGCAUAGGCAUCAGAAUACACACACAGGGCAGAAACCCUAUAAGUGCACCAUGUGUGACAAUACUUAUACACAGAAGGUUAGCAUGGUUAAACACCAAUGUGUACACACUAGAGAGAAUCCCUAUAAAUGCCCCAUUUGUGACAAGAGUUUUGCACAGAAAAAUCAGCUGGUAAGUCAUCAGAGUACCCACACUGGACAGAAAAACUAAAAAUGUGCCACAUGGUAAGAGUUUAAGGCAGAAGGGUCAUAUGUAUAGGCAUCAAAAUACACACACUGGGUAGAUUUUUUUCACAAAAUCUCACCAA